AUGAGUUCAGCUGACGAAACCGUUGAAAGUAUAACAGCUGAAGCUCCAGCUGCCGAUGCAUCACGCAAGCAGCCACCGCGUCUGAACGAGAGAAUUCUCUCGUCUCUGUCGAGAAGAUCAGUCGCAGCGCAUCCCUGGCACGACCUGGAACUCGGCCCUGGAGCCCCCCACAUCUUCAACGUUGUGGUCGAGAUUACAAAGGGAAGCAAAGUCAAGUACGAGCUCGAUAAGAAAACCGGAUUGAUUAAGGUGGAUCGAGUGUUGUACUCCUCCGUUGUUUAUCCUCACAAUUACGGCUUCAUCCCUCGAACAUUAUGCGAAGAUAAUGAUCCUAUUGAUGUUCUUGUACUGAUGCAAGAGCCGGUGCUUCCGGGAUGUUUUCUGCGAGCGAGGGCGCUAGGGCUUAUGCCGAUGAUUGAUCAGGGAGAAAAAGAUGAUAAGAUCAUUGCAGUGUGUGCUGAUGAUCCGGAGUACAAGCAUUACACUGAUAUCAAAGAGCUUCCUCCUCAUCGUCUUAUGGAGAUUCGCCGGUUCUUCGAAGAUUACAAGAAGAAUGAGAACAAGGAGGUUGCAGUGAACGAGUUUUUGCCUGCACCAACUGCGGUUGACGCUAUUCAGUACUCCAUGGAUCUUUAUGCCGAGUACAUUCUCCAUACUCUCAGGCGAUAG